AUGGAUGCGUAUUGCUCCGCAUUCCUCCUGACACUCUCUCAGCAGCUCUCGCAUUUCCGGAAGGAACAUAUCGCUAAGAUUUGGGACAGCGCGUGCGAGUGCUACCGCCAGGCGCUGCUGCAGAACAAGACUGUCCAGCUGGCAGGCGUGGGGAACAUGUACAUCCUGCCCAACUACUUGUGCGCGGUGAAGAAGAAGAGCUUCCGCGUUCGGAGACCUGUCUUACACCUGGACAACGUCUUUCUGCUGGAGAAUGAUCUCCGAUAUGAGAACAUGCCACGGCCUGGGCAUUUAGAAGUUGCCCGAGUGAGGCCAACCACGAUUGUCAUGAGGACCCACCUUUCCCUCCGGAAGGUGUACGUUUGUCUCAAGGCAAUGGAGAACUUGCUCGUGUGGGCCUUGUCCAACGGGGAAGAUUUUGACUUUUUUUUCAAGAACAUUGGCGUUCUUGUGUGCCGAUCUCGCCGAGUGACAAUGAGGUUCUUUGAAGAUUUCCUCAAGGAAGUGGACGAGACGGGGAACCUGUGCAAAUCUUUCCUCUGUACCCCCGAGCUGAGGCCGUUGAUCAUUGCGCGCACGGAGACGGCGGUUUAUAAGCUGCCUCCUGGGGGGGUCUUUGUGUUCCCACAAUUUAUACGAGUGACCGCCAGCACAGAACAAGCCUUGAUUCUGUAUGCUGUCAGGAAAGGUACUGCAGUCUGGCUGGUGAGGGCGUCCUCUCCCAUCAGCGCGCUGUGCCGAAGCAGACRCAUGAUGGAGAGAUGGCAGCAGAGGCACAUUCUGAAGGGCAUCGGGUUUGCGGAAAAGAAAGACGUGGGCAAAGCCACACAAGAAGCUGCCUGUAAAUCGGAAGAGUCUUCCCAGGCAAAGACGGGAAGAGAAGGAGGCCCUGUGAAGAAGGCUGGCAGUGGAGGGGUGCGGAUAAGCAGUGGCUGCGCCAAGCGGUGCCGGCAUCACGAGAGCUUCCCCGGCAAAAGCAGGCGAGAAAGGACAGCUGGGGAGAGCAGCAGACUGGAAGAGGCGCCGGUGGCGCAGGCGGUGCGGGCGCUGGUGCUGGUGCCCUCCAAGGAGCUGGGGCAGCAGGUGGAGGCGACGCUGCGGCGGCUGGCGGCGUUCUGCGCGCGGGCCGUGCGCGUGGCGCACGUGGGCGCCGCGGGCGACGUGGGCGCGCAGAGGCCGCUGCUCAUGGAGAAGCCCGACGUGGUGGUGGGCACCCCGGCGCGGGUGCUGGCGCACGUGGCCGCCCGCAGCCUGGCGCUGCGGCCCUCGCUCGAGCUGCUCGUGCUCGACGAGGCCGAUCUGCUGCUCUCCUUCGGCUUCGGCGAGGACCUCAAGGCGCUGCUCUGCCACCUGCCCAAGAUCUACCAGGCGCUGCUCAUGUCGGCCACCUUCAGCCCCGACGUGGAGGCCCUCAAGGAGCUGGUGCUGCACAACCCGGUGAGCGUGUGCCCGCCGGAGCCGCGGCUGCCGGGCGCCGCGCAGCUGCGCCAGUUCCAGGUGCGCUGCGGCGCCGAGGAGGACAAGUUCCUGCUGCUGUGCGCCCUGCUCAAGCUGGCGCUGCUGCGCGGCCGCGCGCUGCUCUUCGUGGGCACCCUCGCCCGCUGCUACCGCCUCAAGCUCUUCCUCGAGCAGUUCGGCAUCGCCGCCUGCGCCCUCAACUCCGAGCUGCCCGCGCGCUCCCGGUGCCACGUCAUCACCCAGUUCAACCGGGGCAUCUACGACUACAUCGUGGCCACGGACGAGGAGGUGCCAGCGGUGCCCGCGGCGCAGCCCCCGCGCAAGAAACGCAAGGCCGGGGCCACCGCUGACAAGGGCAAGGACCCCGAGUACAGCGUGGCACGGGGCAUCGACUUCCAGAACGUGGCCGCCGUCAUCAACUUCGACGUGCCGCCCACGGUCGAGUCCUACAUCCACCGYGUGGGCAGGACGGCCCGCGCCAACAACCCGGGCACGGCGCUCACCUUCGUGCUGCCCGAGGAGCAGGACAAGCUGGCCGAGAUCGAGGACGCGCUCGCUGGAGAGGGCGGYGAGUCGCUGCUGCAGCCGUACCGCUUCUGCAUGGAGGAGAUCGAGGGCCUGCGCUACCGGUGCCGGGAUGCCAUGCGCUCCGUCACCAAGCAGGCCGUGAAGGAGGCCCGGCUGCGCGAGAUAAAGGAGGAGCUGCUCAACUCCGAGAAGCUCAAGACCUACUUCGAGGACAACCCGCGGGACCUGCACGUGCUGCGGCACGACAAGCCRCUGCACCCGGCCAUCGUGCAGCCGCACCUGCGCAACGUGCCCGACUACCUGGUGCCGCCCAGCCUCCGUGGCGUCGCCAAGCCCGUCCUCARGAAGCACAAGCGGCAGCGACUGCCCCACGGCGCUGCCAGCCGCCGCCGCGGCUCCAAGGCCCGCGGCAGUGCCAACCCCCUGCAGACCUUCAAGUACGCCCGGCAGCGUGCCAAGCGCCCGGCCACCAAGCCCAGCUGAGCCCGCGUGCCC